AUGAUACCGACGUUUACCGGGAAAUCAUCCGAGCAACUUCGAGAAUUUUUAAAUGCAUGCGAGUACGCAGAGAGAAUGGUCACCCUUGCGGAAGAACCCGCUCUUUUGCAAACAGUAUUGCGAACCAAGCUGAAAGGGCAAGCAUUGAUAAAUUGUGAGACAAAGGACAUUCGCGAUUUUGGACAGUUAAAAGCAGAAAUAGAAGCUACGUAUUCUGCAAAGAGAAGCACUACACAAUUACAACUAGAGUUUAACACAUUACGACAAAAAAGUAAUGAAAGCGCACAGACUUACGGACAAAGGGUAAAUCAAACGGCCAUGGAAUUGUACGAGUCUAUGGUGGAAGCCAAAGGGCACAUUAUGGAAGAGAAACGUACAAUUAUGAACACUAUUAAAGGGCAAGCGUUGCAACAGUUCCAAAUAAGUUUAAGAAAUGACGUCAGGUUGAUAAUAAGGUCACGCAACUAUGGAACGUUGCAAGAGGCAAUAAAUGCAGCAAGCUCUGAGGAGAAGGUGGCGGUGCCACAAAACAGCCACGGAAGAAAUUUUGCAACAAAGCAAAAGAUGGAAAAAAAUUAUGAGAAAAAUGCGUGCUACAAAUGCGGAAAAAUCGGACACUACGGAAAAGAGUGCCGAUCAAACAGAAUGGCAUUGCCUAAACCAAGCGGUGGAAAAGUAAAUGCUGUAGACAAAACGUGCAGUUAUUCAGAGCUACAAGUAGCCGAGCUAAAUGCUGCGCAAGCAGUUUUGGACUUAGUCACUGUACCGAUGAAAGAAGCGAAGAAAGGUGAAGUAGAAUUGCUUUAUGACACUGGAGCCACAGUGUCAUUGAUUAAGAAGAAAUAUUUAAAAGAGAAAACGCCAGCCGAGAAGACGAGUAUGAAAUUAACAGGCGUUACAGGGCACCAAGCAAGCGUCAUAAGGAAAAUCACAGCAACCAUACAGCUAAAAGACAAAAGAGUUAAGCAUCCUGUUUAUGUUGUGAGAGACGAUUUUCCGGUUAGUUAUCAGGGCAUUUUAGGAAAGUACUUUAUGAAGAAGCACAAUGCCAAGCCGGAUUACAAAGCGGGAAACCUCUCGCUUGGGAAAACUACGUUGCAAUUGCGCCCGUAUAAAAAUGUAAAAUUGCAACCUCGUAGCGAAACAAUUGUGCAAACUAUUACUGAUAGUAAUCAAAUCGGAAUAGUACAAAGGGACGAAACGCAGCCAGGAGUAUUCAUAGGAAGCUGUUUAGUGCAACCGAAAGGAAAUUUUUGCUCCGUGAGUAUAGUAAAUACUACGGAAAAAGCGGUAACAAUAGGCACACCGCGUGGCAAAUUAAAAGCGCUCGAAGAAGAGAGCGAGACAAGUAGUGAAAUAGCAAACGUAAGCAAGAAACCAAAGGGGUCAACACGCCGCGAAAGAGUAAAAGAGGCACUGCAAAUGAAGCAUUUAAAUAAAGAAAAGAAAGAAACAUUGUACGAAGUAUGCGAGGAGUAUCAGGAUAUAUUCCAUCUUGCAGAGGAGCCGUUAUCUAAAACAAGCGCGGUGAAGCAUAAGAUACCUGUAAGAGUUGACACCACUCCGAUAAGCGUUAAGCCGUAUAGGUUGCCGCAGAAGCAUAAGCAAGAGAUACCAAUGGACGAAGAAGACAGAAGUAAGACAGCGUUUUCAACACUGCAUGGUCACUACGAAUAUAACAGAAUGCCUUUUGGAUUAAAAAAUGCGCCGGCGACGUUUCCAAGGUUGAUGAAUUUGGUCCUGAUGGGACUGCGAGGGCACGUGAUCACCAAGAAGGGUAUAUCGCCGGAUCCGUCAAAGAUAAACGCGGUCAAGGGAUUUCCGAUUCCGAAAAGGGCGAAAAAUAUUCAGGCGUUCAAUGGUCUGGCAGGAUAUUAUAGGGAAUUUAUCGACCAAUUCUCAAAAGUAGCAAAGCCGUUGACACGACUGUUGCAGAAAGAAAUAGCGUUCGAGUGGGGGCACGAGCAACAACAAGCGUUCGAAAGUUUAAAAGAAAAGUUAAUUAGUGCUCCAUUGCUCGCUUCUCCGGACUUCGCCAAGGAGUUUAUCGUGACAAACGACGCGUCGGGUUACGUGGUCGGCGCGGUGCUAUCGGAAAGUGCGGUAGGUCAGGAUCGGCCGGUUGCAUACGCGAGCCGAGUACUGAAUAAAGCGGAGCGAAACUACAGUACGACACAGAAGGAGUUACUCGCAAUUGUGUGGGCAGUAAAGCAUUUUAGGCCUUAUUUAUACGAAACGAAGUUCAAGAUUAUCACCGAUCAUAAGGCACUGGUGUGGCUUUUUAACGUAAAGGACCCCGGAUCGCGGCUCGUGCGUAGGCGUUUGAAACUGGAGGAGUAUGAUUACGAGAUCAUGCAUAAGAAAGAGAAGGCAAAUACCAACGCGGACGCGUUGAGCAGAGCUCCCGCGGAAGCAUGCACGUCGGAAACAAACGUGGUACUGGUGCUCGUUGACGUGAAGAGCCAUGAUCCGAAGUGCAAAAGACAGCAGGGCGUCUCAAAUGUAGGUCCUAGAAUUAAUAUAAGCGAUAAUAAUAGUCUAAGAGCUGGCUACAUAGAGAUCGACAUGCCUCGGUGCAUGAAAAAUUUUACCUGGAAAAGGUUCGAUUUUCGUCAGUAA